GACAUAGAGCGCGGUGUAUAUAUUUCUAAAUAUAAUAAAGUAAUGAGAAGAACCCAAAUUAGGAAUAUGAAUAAAAUAAAAUAUGCACUAGAUGCGCGUCACCGUGAAAAUGCGAAAGACCGAAAAAAAAUAAGAUAUGCACUAGAUGCGCGUCACCGUGAAAAUGUGAAAGACCAAAAAAAAAUAAGAUAUGCACUAGAUGCGCGUCACCGUGAAAAUAUGAAAGACCAAAAAAAAAUAAGAUAUGCACUAGAUGCGCGUCACCGUGAAAAUAUGAAAGACCGAAGAAAAGUAAGAUAUGUACUAGAUGCGCGUCACUGUGAAAAUGUGAAAGACCAAAAAAAAAUAAGAUAUGCAUUAGAUGCGCGUCACCGUGAAAAUCAGAAAGACCGAAGCAAAAUAAGAUAUGCAAAAGAUGCGCGUCACAGAGAAAUAGUUAAAAGAGUUGUAAAAUCAAAGAGGCAAGAAAUUAAAGAUAAAGACAAAACACAGAAUAUUGAGUUUUUCACUGAGAGGUUUUUAGACAAAGUUGAACAUGGUCCUGAGUAUAUCUGUUGUGUCUGUUUCAGGCUGUUGUUUCCACAUCAGGUGUUAAGUUGUAGAAAGGAUGCGUAUAACAAGACUGCGGCCAUAGCUUCUUUGGCAGAUAGGUGUAUUAGAACCGACUAUUUACAUGAAUGUAGGGAGGAUUGUGUUCAGCCGUGUCAGAUUAUGGCUUCAAGUAGAGGGCAUCUUUGGAUUUGUUACACUUGUCAUCAUAAAAUUUCACAUGAGCAAAUGCCUGCUGAAAGUGUAACAAAUAAUUUGGUAGUAGAUCCGGUUCCCCCAGAAUUGGCUUGUUUGAAUAGGUUAGAACAACAUUUGAUUGCUUUAAAUAUUCCGUUCAUGAAAAUGCUUGCAUUACCCAAAGGUGGCCAAAAUGGAGUUCAUGGACCAGUAACCUGCGUUCCAUCCAACGUAGUUCAAACAUCUAAAAUGUUGCCCCGAUCAAAUAUGGAGGGGUCUUUAUUGGCAGUAAAAUUAAAACGUAAGUUAACUUAUAAAGGCCAUUAUCAGUAUGAGUUUGUGGAUACAAUGCAUAUUAGGCAAGCUUUACGGUUUUUAAAGCAAUCAAAUAAGUUUUAUAAAGACAUAGAUUUUAAUGAGGAAUGGGUUAAUGAGUUGUGUGUCUUAGAGCAACCUGAGGAUGAAGAGAAGGACAAUGCAGAAAUAGUUGAGAGUACUGGGGAUGAUGUAGAAGAUGAUGAGUUGCUGCAUGAUCGACAGCAACAUUGCAUGUUUUCAGAUACGUGUCUAAUGCCUGUAGAUAUUGGUCAGGAAGUUCUAGAUCAGUAUUUUGACAGUAUAGUUAAUGUUGCACCAGCUGAGGGUAAUAAUCCAGUUAAGUUGUUGACAGAUCGAGAAAAUGAAGCAAAGUGUUUCCCAGUGUUGUUUCCUCGAGGUCGUAAUAUGUACCAUGAAAGCCGUGUAUAUAAUUUGUCGUUGUGCCGUUAUUUUAAUAACCGAAUUUUACAUGCGGAUAGAAGGUUUGCUCAGAAUGUAGAGUAUAUUUUCUUUGCUCAGUACAUGUCUGAGGUAGAUCAGGUUGUCUCUAAAGUAAGUAUAGCAUUAAGAAAAGGUAAAGGAGGUGAGGUGAGUGUAGAAAAGGAGGAGUCCUUGAAGCAGUUGUUGGAUGUAGAUGACGGUUUUAGAUUUCUUAAGCCUAUUAGAGGGACUCCAGCAUUUUGGCAGGGAGUACAGAAAGACCUGAUGGCUUGUGUUCGGCAACUUGGGAUUCCCACGUGGUUUUGUUCAUUCUCUUCCGCGGAUCUGAGAUGGCAAAACCUUCUUAAAACAAUUUUAAAACAGGAAGGUCGAACACAGACAUUGGAAGAGUUAGAGUGGACCGAUAGAUGCGAUCUGUUGCGUCGUAAUCCUGUCACUGCCGCCAGAAUGUUUGAUUUCCGCUGGCACUGUUUUUUGAAGGAGGUCCUUAUGUCUCCUUCAAAUCCCAUAGGAAAAAUUAUUGAUUACUUUUAUCGGGUGGAGUUUCAGUGUCGCGGGAGUCCUCAUGUGCACUGUCUUUUCUGGAUUGAAAAUGCGCCUAAAAUUAAUACAAACAAAGACGAAGAAGUGGUAGCUUUUAUUGAUAAGUACGUAACAUGUGAGCUACCAGCACAGGAUGAGACGUUAUUGGAGAUGGUCACAUCUGUGCAGCAACAUUCAAAGAGGCAUUCAAAAAGCUGUAAGAAAGGUGGCACUGAAUGUCGCUUUAAUUUUCCCAGACCAGCGUCAGGUAGGACAUUUCUUGUUAAUGUUCAUUUGAAUACUACAAAUGAGUGUGAUAAAUGUAAGAAUAGGUUCGAUCAAAAAUACGAAGGAAAACAGUGCACAUGUGGAAAUGAGUACUACUAUAAUCUGCUAAAGGUUGAUAAGGAUUUGGCAGUACGCACUCUGGAGUCAGUGAAAAAGGCGUUAAAAGAUGAGAACAAGACGUUUAAUAGUUUAGAUGAGUUGUUUCAUAGUUUAAAUAUCAAUCAGCAAAUAUUUGAAAUAUGUUACAAACGUCUAAAUAUGAAUAAAACCCAAAUUGUAUAUAAAAGAGACAUUAACGAAGCAUGGAUUAAUCCAUAUAACAAGUCUCUAUUAAAAUGCUGGAAUGCAAAUUUAGAUAUUCAAUUUGUGACAGACGCGUACGCCGUUAUAGUAUAUAUUAUUUCAUACAUUAGCAAAUCAGAAAAAGAGGUAGGAUUGUUGCUUAGUAAAGCUCAUAAAGAAGCAACAAAAGAUGACAACGUCAGUGCAAAAGAGGCACUGAAACAAAUUGGCAGCGUUUAUCUAAACAGUCGCGACGUGUCUGCUCAAGAAGCAGUUUAUAGAUUAACGGGAAUGCAUUUGAAGGAGAAUUCGCGUAAAGUAGAGUUUAUACCAACAGGGGACAAAAUAGUUAAAAUGAGUAAACCAAUUAGUGUUAUCCAAGAAUGUGGGCUAACAGGAGAUGAUGUGUGGAUGGUUAGUAUCGUAGACCGUUAUAGAAGUAGGCCUAAUAAUAGCACUUUUAAUGACAUGUGCAUCGCAACAUUUGUGUCUGAAUAUCGUCUUUUAAAAGGAAAUGAAAAGUCAAAGAAUGCGAUUCAAUUGCAAAGGGGAUUAGGAUUAAUUCUUAAAAGAACACGAACAAAACCCGCUGUAGUUCGUUAUGCGCGCUUUUCAAAAACAAAAAACCCCGAAUUAUAUUUUAAAAGCCAGUUACAGUUGUUUCUGCCAUACCGCGUAGAAGAUGACUUAAAAGCUGCUGAUUGCGAAACGUUUGAACAAUUUUAUGAAAAUGGUUCCGUGAUCUUUAGUGAUGGAUCAGAACAUACCGUGAAAUCUGUCGUCGAUACGAAUAGGAACAAAUUCGAGGUAGAAGAUUCAGAAGAAUUAGAAGAGUUGCAAAAGAAACUUGAAAAUGAGGGUGGCCCUGAAGUUGCCUGGGGAAAUCUGUGCCCCGAAAAAGAAGUAGAACGUUUAGAGUGUCAAGAAGAAAUUAGAGAAAAAGAACAGACACCUGCGGAAGAUGCAGAAGAAAUAGGUCGGGAACUCGUAGACAACAUUCCAGAUUUGGCUGUUAGGAAUGAUCAGGUGUGUCAAUUAGAAAAGAAUAAUAAUGUAAUGAGUAGGAGUGAGGGCUUAGAAUUAAUUAGAUCUCUGAAUGAGAAGCAGCUGUCAGUCUUCUAUAAAAUCCGUAACUGGUGUUUAGAUAAAGUCAAUGGUAGAAACCCAGAACCCCUCCAUGUGUUUAUAUCUGGAGGAGCUGGAGUUGGAAAGAGCUACCUAGUUAAAGCGAUUCAAUACGAGGCCACAAGGUUAUUGUCACCAACUUGUCAGAAUCCAGAUAACAUUUGUGUUUUAUUAACGGCUCCGACUGGAAUAGCUGCUUAUAAUUUAAAGGCAGCGACUAUCCACAGUACAUUUGGCAUUGGCAAAGACGUGAGCCUACCUUACACACCUCUGAGUGAGGAAAAGCUCAAUUCUUUGCGUGUUAAAUAUAGUGAUUUGCAGAUAGUCAUAAUUGAUGAAAUCUCCAUGGUCAAUCAUAAUCUAUUGGCUUACAUCCAUGGCAGGUUAAGACAAAUCAAACAAACUGGUGACUAUAACCCCUUCGGUAAUGUCAGCAUAAUCGCGGUCGGAGAUUUUUAUCAGUUGCCCCCAGUAAAGGGGAAAGCGUUGUAUGUACAAGACGUACAAAUGAACUUGUGGUCUAGUUUAUUUGAGCUUGUUGAGUUAAAAACAAUCGUUAGGCAAAAAGAUGAAGUCUUUGCGCGAAUAUUAAAUAGAAUGCGAACGCAUAGAAAAGGUACGCCAAUGUUAGCUGACGAUAUAAACGUCUUAAAACGGUGUGAAACAGGUGAAGAGAGCACAGCCUUACAUAUCUUUGCUACAAAUUCCCAGGUUGAUGAAUAUAAUGAGGAACAGUUAAUGAGCAUAUGUCCUGACCACAUACUUAUAACUGCACAGGACUUUGGUUAUAAUAAAAAAACUGGUAAAUUAGAGUUAAAGCCAGAUCAUCACAUUAGGGCCAAGAAAACAGCUUUACAAAGAGAGCUGUUAUUGGGUAAAAAUGCUCGAGUCAUGUUGUCUCAAAACAUCGAUGUAAAUGACGGUUUAGUAAAUGGUGUAUGUGGCACAGUGAUAUACAUAGAACAGCCUGAAAAAAAUAUGUUUCCUCUCAAAGUAUAUGUAAAAUUUGAUGAUGAUAAGGUAGGCAUAAAGACGAGGAAACAAACCAUUUAUGCAUCAGCAGAGUUAAUGGGUUCAGUACCAAUUGAACCUCAGGAAGAGAGAGCCAAUAAAAAAGGCAUGAGACGACAGUUUCCUUUAAAGUUAGCUUGGGCCUGUACUGUACACAAAGUACAGGGCCUUACAGUAGAUAGUGCUGUUGUCUCUUUAGCUAAGGUCUUUGCACCAGGACAGGCAUAUGUGGCAUUAAGCAGAGUUAGAAGCCUGUCUGGUUUAAUUAUUCAGGACUUUAAAGAGAAGGCUGUUUAUUGUAAUGCCAACAUUGAACAGGCGAUUGCUAAUAUGCCACCAUUUAUAACUGAAAGCCACACAGUAGUAAAAGAGGGUUUUAGAUUAUUUCUAAUGAAUGUUCAAAGUUUAAAUCACCAUGUCUCAGAUUUGGCCCACUGUGCACAGCAUUUGCAGCCUAACUGUAUUGCUGUGACAGAGACAUGGAUACCUGCUGAUGUUAGCUUAGAUUCUGUAGAAAUCACUGGUUAUAGGUUUAGUAAUGCCCCACGUAGUUUAGCCUAUUAUAGCGAUAAUCCAGUGUUAAUUUCCCUUAAAGGCCAACAACAUGGUGGCGUUGGCAUGUACUGUGACAGUAAUGUAGAAUUUGAAAGUGUCACAGUUGCAGGUUUAAAUAUUGAGUGUUUAGCUGUAAAAUGUGUCACAUACAACAUUUUAAUAGCAGCCAUUUACAGGCCACCAUCAUAUCCUGUGUCUCUCUUUUUCAGGCAUUUUGAAGAAUUGUUAAAUGUGUUAGAGUCACAAAGUGGAACCAUUGUUGUUUUGGGCGAUUUCAAUGAGGACAUUUUGAAGUCCUCAACAAUUUGUCAGAAAAUGACAGACAGAGGAUAUGAGCAACAUGUGUCAACAGCCACAACAGAGAAAGGCACCUUAAUUGAUCAUGUUUACGUAAAAAAUAGUAAUUAUAGAGUAGAAGCGCUAGUGGUGCCUACAUAUUUUAGUGAUCAUGAGGGCAUUAUAUGUUCUUUUAAGUAAGACAGCCCAAAUGCUUAAAACUUAAUUUUACAUUUUUUAAAAUAAAUGUAAUCGAAAUGUAUUAAAUGUGCUGUUCUUCAUCUGAGUUCCCUGUUUUGAAUAAUUUGUAUGUAGUCAGUAAAUUUUGUCCCCUGUUGAUAUCCUUUACACCAGUACAACGUAAGUCCAUUUUCAAAGGUAUUCUGUGCUUCCUAAAUAGUUAAAGAGGCUUGAAAAGUUGUUAAAUGUAGUGACCAAAUGGCAAAGUUGGUAAUACAGGUUUUGUAGCUCAUGCCCUCAGUGUGGUUAAUUAGUUAUAUGUUGUUUUAGGAUUGUGCCUCUUGUUCUGUGGGUUUUAUUUAAUGAUAUAAUUUUAGUUGUAUGUAACUGCUGUGUUUAAAGUUAAUUACAGGGGUAAUCAAGUGACGGCGGCUAAGGUACGUAUAAGUACAUUUAACUACUCACUAUCCUACACACAGUUAGUUUAUUCACUCACACUCUUUCACUCUUCAGAAAGUCUUUGUUAUUUAAAAGAAUUAAUCUCAGGUUUUUUGUUUCUAUCUGGCUGGUUUAUAUGUAUUAUACUGUGGGUCUGUUGUAUUUAUUUUGCAGUUUUUAGAUUUUAGCAGUUUUUUUCACUUGACAGAAGCCAAUGAUGAACAGUUAAGCUGAGCUCUGUUGGACCAAAGGGCUGAUUGUGAUUGAGCCUAAGAAGAGCAUGAAAAAAGCUGUAACCUGAGGCUUCAUAAAUUAAUAUUCAAUAGUGGCAGUGUGUGUUUACUGUUAUUAAAGGGGCAUAGUAGCUGUGUAUCUGUUAGGCAUUGACCAGCCUGCAGCAAUAGUAUUGCUUGUGUUAUAAUGAUCCAAACCUGUUUUAAUGAUGUUUUACUAGAUUUAAAAGAGAACUGAUGUUCAGAAGAAUACAUUGUGGAAUGUGAUUGUGUGCGUGUGCAUGUAUGUAUAUACACAUAUGCACACUGAUACCUUUUUGUCAUUUCCCUAGGACACUGAUGUCGCAGUUG